AUGUUAAUUAAUGAUGAUAUUCAAUGCACAUUAUCCAAUUCACCCCGUUUGAUUCUAUUCACUACAUAUUCUUCUAUAUUUUCAUCGAAUUCGAUCGAAUCAAGAUUCCUCUCUCUGUUCGUUGCAGUGUCAACCUCGGCGAUUAAACGUGAUACGUCCUCUUCAUCGUCCAGUAUUCCUCAAACUGCAAAUGCCAGUACAAAUACAUCAUUCUAUGACAAUUGCAAUAAAUCAGCAUCAGUUGAAUUAACACCAACGUUGAACUCCAAUAAGAUUCCAUCGACAACAUCAUCCAUGUCUCUGCAAAGUCCAACAAAAUCUCCAUUAAUUCCGAUUGGACAUGUAAAUAAAAUCACAAAGAUUAAUCAACAAGAUUCAUCAUUGGCAAAUCUCAUCAAUCGAGAGUUAAUGGACAAAAAACUCCUAAAUGAUUGUUCAUCAAUCGACACGUCGCGUUUUUGUCGUUUCAUGUUUCCCGAUUCGACAUCAGCUGUAGUGCUAACAGCACACGAAUCUCAAUCAAUCCGGCAUGCAAUCGAUCGCCUAUUCGCGAAACGAGGUAUCACCUGGUAUCGAACAGAAUUAUACACAGCUGAUCAGCAAUACAUUGAUCUGCAAGACCCAUUAUCGAGUUUGAGUGGCAAAGAAAUUCAUGUCGAAUCUCGUAUUCUACUCCGUCUCGAUUUUCCGAAUAAAACAAUUUGUGUUCGUUGUGAUCCGAAACGAACACUUCUGAAAGUCCUGCAACCAAUCUUCGAAAAGUUCAGAUAUUCUAUACGACAAUAUGUUUUCUAUGCUAAUGAUUCAUUAGUUCCAUUGAAUAUCAACGAAUUGGUUGGUUGUUACGAUAAUCAAAGAAUAUUUGCCGUAGAAAAAACAGCAUCACCUAUCGAUUUAUCAUGUCGACAGAAGAAUCGAACAACAAGUGAUAUCUUCGACAUGAUCUCGGAAAAUGAUGAAGAUAUUAAUUUUGAUGAAUAUGGCAUUCUAAAAGUUGUUACACAAACGAAAGCAACGAUUGUUGUCUCAACUGAUGAUUGCGUUCAUUUAUCGACACCCGAAGUAUCACCGUCGUCUCAUGAAUAUACAAAAACAUUCGUUGGAUCCAAACGAUGA